GAAAAUGAAUUGAGAUAUAAAAAAAUUCAGAACCGAAGAAUUUAAGAAGAGAGAAUCUCGUGCCCACAUAUAGCUACCUAUAUAAGAGGUGCAUAGAGGGUUGAAUCUUUUGAGUUUGAAGAAAACAAACAUGGGACUUGGGGCUCUCCCCUUGUCACCCUCCUCACAUAAUGCUUUUUUCCCUAAUUUAGGAGUAAAUUACCAGAGCCUGACCAAACAUGGUGUUAAAAGAACAGUGAAAUUCAGAAGAGUUUUUUCAGCAAAAUUAGAGGAAAAUGAGAAGGAAGAAGAACCCAAGAAGGAGAAGAGCAAGCAGUCAUUGUUUGGGAUGGUGACAGAUGCUCUUGACUUUUCACAGGUUAGGUCUGAAGAGGAUGCCCUACUCCUUGAUGAGGCUAGAGAAGCCACCAAGUCUGGGGAGAAGAUGAAUAGGGAACAGUAUGGAGCUCUAAGAAGGAAGAUUGGAGGAACAUACAAGGAUUUUUUUAAAUCUUACGUUGAUGUGGAUGGACAAUACGUUGAAGAAGGCUGGAUCGACAAAACCUGCAAAAUCUGCAAGAAGGAUACGAGGGGUGAACCGAGGCAAGUCGACAAGUUGGGUAGAUAUGUUCAUGUAGCAUGUUUAGAAAAACCUCAAUCUGGGAAUUUCUUUACUAGACUCUUCUCAGGAUGAAGCAUGUCAUGGAAAUAUGAAAUUUUAGUGUUUUUAUUUUUCAUUUUUUAGUAGCAUAGCUUGAUGGAAGAGCAUUGCAUUGUAUAACUUCAAUGCUAUAAUGAGAAACAUAUUUCUCUUUUGAAUUCAA